GUUUGAUGGCUGCAGUUUUUAGAUUUAAUGCCGCUUUGAAUCAUGGAUUUCACCAGCGUGCUGGCCAAGAGCGAGGCGCAUCAGCGCACCAUUGUGCAUCUCGACAUGGACUAUUUCUACGCCCAGGUGGAGGAGAUACGGGACCCCACGUUGCGCACGAAAGCCUUGGGCAUCCAGCAGAAAAAUAUAUUGGUUACCUGCAAUUAUGUGGCGCGGGCUCGAGGGGUGAACAAGCUCAUGCUCAUCACAGAGGCUCAGCGCCUGUGCCCGGAUCUGGUCUUGGUCAAUGGCGAGGACCUGGCGCCAUACCGUCUCAUGUCGCAGAAGAUCUUCGAUUUGCUUCUGAACUACACACCCAUGGUGGAAAAGCUCGGAUUCGAUGAGAACUUCAUGGAUGUGUCGGCCCUGGUGGACCUUCGGCAAGCACAUGCAGCCGAUGCGCAACAAAGGCCGCCAGUUGGACACACUUAUCCGGACGAUGGCACCCCGUUGACCACCUGCUCCUGUGGCUGUGCCCAGCGCCUGGCGAUUGGCACCCGCAUUGCUCAGGAAAUACGCGAGGAGCUGAAGCUGCGGCUGGGAAUAACCUGUUGCGCCGGAAUCGCCUACAACAAGCUAUUGGCCAAACUGGUGGGAAGCAGCCACAAGCCCAACCAGCAGACUGUCCUGGUCUCAACAUAUGCGGAGCAGUUCAUGCGGGAGCUGCACGAUAUAAAGCGCGUGACGGGUAUCGGCCAGAAAACGCAAUGCCUCCUCUUGGAGGCCGGUAUGUCUACGGUGGAGCAGCUGCAACAAUGUGACAUGGUCGUUAUGCGAAAGAAGUUCGGCUUCGAGACAGCCACCAAGCUGAGGGAUUUGGCAUUUGGUCGCGACUCGAGCACGGUCCGGCCCACCGGCAAGCCGAAGACCAUUGGCAUGGAGGACGCCUGCAAGCCCAUAUCAGUGUGCACAGAUGUGGAGGAGCGGUUUCGCAUGCUGCUCAUCAGGCUCAUCGAGCAGGUUGCCGAAGAUGGACGUAUCCCCGUUGCCAUCAAAGUUGUGCUGAGGAAAUUUGACUCGCAGAAGAAAAGCAGUCACCGCGAGACCAAGCAGGCAAGCAUCUUGCCCUCCCUAUUUAAGACCUCUAUGUGUGCGGGCGAGAUGGGUGUCAGUAAAGUGCAGUUGGCGGAUGGGGCCCAGGAUAAGCUCCUCAAGAUCGUAAUGCGGCUGUUCGAACGCAUCGUGGACCUAAGCAAGCCGUUCAAUAUCACCUUAAUUGGAUUGGCAUUCUCCAAGUUCCAAGAGCGCAAGGUUGGCUCCUCAUCCAUAGCCAAUUUUCUCAUCAAGAAGGCAGAUCUGGAGGUUCAGUCAAUAACUUCAUUGACCAACACGAGUCUCACAAGUCCAACGGCAGAGAGUCCGACCUCCGAUGAGUCGGCAUUCCGCUCCUCGCCGACCACCUUCAAGCCGAGUGAUCAAUUCUAUAGGCGACGUGCCACCACAGCCUCGCCAAUCCCCAUGCUGCUGGACAACGGCUCCGAGUCGGCGGCCACCAAUUCGGACGUUAGUGAUUUCUCCGAAACCGAAAUAGAGCCAUCGCCAAAGAAGAGCCGCAUCGGUCGCAUGCUGGUCUCGAAGCGCAGUCGUUUGGCGGUGGAUGUGAUGGACACCGCUGCCGAUGUGGCGUCGCCCAGCAAACUCCGUGUCUGUGAUCUACGUCUCAACUCUCGCGACAGCGAAAAGGAUUAUCCUAUGAGUCCCAUUGCCAGCGCCACCACCCCAUCCACGUCGGCAGACGGGUGUUCUGUAGGUGCUCCGCGAUUCCGGACAAUCCAGCCGCCCAACACGCUACUAAAUCGGAUCGAUGGCAGUCUUCGCUUCAUGCCUACGCGCACUGCCCGUCGGAUUAGCUCGAACGCUAGCUCGACAGCCUCGUCUCCACUGCCCUCGCCCAUGGAUGAUUCCAUGAGCGCUCCCUGCACGCCGACCACAGCACCCGAUGCGUUUCCAGCGCCCAACAAUAAUAGCUGCACAGCAAGCGAGACCAGCUCCACAGCCAGCGUCCACGCCAAUGAUGUUCUAACGGAGAUCGCCUGCCCAGCUGGAGUCGAUGCUGAAGUUUUCAAGGAACUUCCAGUGGAACUGCAAAACGAGCUGAUUGCGUCCUGGCGCAGUUCUCUGGUGGCAGCGGUGGAGCACACAGCGGCGGCUAGCACAACAGCGAAUAGUGCGGCCACAGCCAGAGCGGGUGGAGGUGGCGGCGCACCUGCUACGGCCAGCGCUGGUGCCGGGAGUCGACCCGAGAAGAACACGCUGUAUCGCUAUUUUUUGAGGAAUAAGUAAUGCAGUGCAUCGGCAUCACAUCGUUUCUAGUUUAAGAAAACCGUUCUAAAUAUCAGUUUAAAUAUAUUUUAUUUUUGUAGGUAUACGGUUACAUAUUGUUAUUUGAUGGGGUGCUAAAUUGGACGAGCUUAUGCUAGGAUAUAUCAUCAUCCUCAUUCAGUAAGAUACAAAUAUGAAUACUCAGCGUAACAAACAUGUUGCUCGAGACUUACACUAACGAUUUGGCGGACUCUAAAUUAAAAAAAACAUAAGCACGGACAGAACAUCCGUAAAAAAACAUGUAUCCUAGUAUGGGCAGUCCGUUGGCAGCUGAGAGCUUUGCGAUUAUACAUAGAAAUUCAUUGUUGCACAUUUGCAAUACAUUUAUUUCAUCAUUUUCAA